CUGUUUGAGUUUGCUGAACGCAUAGUUGCUGAUGAAACUAAAACAGUUUGAGUUAUUAAUACAUUUAUAUACGGAAAUAUAUGGAGUCGGAUUAUUGUGAUUGUUAUCAUGUCUAUAAAUAUAUGUGUAUUGCAACAACAUUCAUUUGUCUUUUGUAGAUUUUUACUAAUAAAGUAUGGAAUCGAGUGCGCAAACUGAAUCCAGAACGCAGCGCAUUGCGUACUAGAAUAUAAGGUUUCAUCUAUACAAAAAUACUUAGAUCUGACAUCCGACAAUAGACCAACUGCUUUUAUUUUUUGUGAAUUGAUGCCAAAUUUGAAGUUUAACAAACUUAAAGAACUCUCACUGUUAAAUUACACAUACUAUUUAUGAGCCAGGACGGCUUUCUAGAACAAAUGUACUUUUGUCUGAAAAAUUUAUCGUGCAUAUAAUGCAUUUUCAUCAACAAAUGUAAACCUUAUAUUUGUACUUCAUGUAUUUGAUAGUGUGAACUAAAAUGCUGAUUUACAAGGGGAUAAAACGUGAAGUGGGCGAUAUUACGUAUCCAUAUAUCAUUAAACUCUGUGUAACUCUACAUUCACCAGUUACUGUGUAUCUGAAAACUACCGAGACCAGGUCACUAGAGAAGUUUUACCUGAGAAAGUAUUUUUAACGUCUUGUGUUUCCUACAGUGAUUUUUUUCUUUGCUUUAAAAAACUUAUCUUACAUUGCAUUAAUAUUAUCAGUGAUAUUGUAAUUUAAACUCACUAUAUCAUGGACAAAAGAAGCACACCAUACAAAGUCCAGCAGUGUUCAAAGUGUCCGAGGGACGAAGAAUACUAUUGCGAAUCCUGCCCAUGCAAUCUCAGUCUCAGGUGUAAAAGUGAACCAUAUAAAAACUUCCGAAACAACAGACCAUUAUAUUGUGCCGCACCGUAAAGACAAUGAACAGCAUCCUAACACAAGAGUUUUGUGUGAGACAUCCGAGGCAAGUUUAUAGAAAGUAUUGUAAACAUUGUCAGGUUCCUCUGUGUGAUUCUUGUUCCGAGGACAAUUCACACACAUUUAAAAGUUGUUUCUUUGGAAAAGGACAGCACACAAUUCUGGAUAUACAAGGAGCGUAUGAAACAAAGCGACAACAGAGCAAAUUAACAAUCAACACCAUCAAAAGUGAGGCUUUUUUUUCGGGAUAUGUUCUCAUGCCAGGAAUCAAAGCUGAUAUCAAAACAUGUCGUACAGAAAUAUCCCACUAUCAACCACAUAUGUUAAAAAAGUCCCAGAAAAUGAAGAAUAUAAUUGACUCUAUGCAAAUCGAUUUUAUGUACAAUGUGUUUUGUACCAGUGAUAUCAAACACAGAUGGUUAGAACAAAGGAGAAGGUUGGUCAGACUUAUUCUCCGUCUUCAGAGAUAUAUACACAUAUAUGAACAGUCAGAAAAAAGUCCGCACCAAUUCCUUUUAUACAUUAAGACAAUCCGCCUAUCCUGCAUCUCCCAGAUACCUCAACACAGCAGCCAGCUCUCCAUGACCGAGUCACUCAAUAAGAAGAAAGUGAUGGAGUUACUUAGUGAAAUCCAAAUCACAAAGAGAGAUCACCGAUGCAUCGAGAACGAUUUUCUUUUGAAACUAAUGCCCGUUCCUAAGAUACGUUACUCUCUUACACUAACAACUGUUGAUGGUUGUUAUCACAUUUCCUGUGUGACAUCACACCGGGUCUGGGUCAGUGAUGGAUAUAAUCUCAUCUUGACACACACAACAGGUUCAACUCUACAUCGUGUGAAGGAUUUAUGUAGUGAUUUAUAUAAUGGAUUUCACACAGUGAACAGUGAUAGUGAAUUGAUAUACAUAAAUAAGGAUUACAACAUUAACAAGCUCUCAAAAGAUAUGAAAACAACGACCACAUUUAUAAAAAGAAUAGAUUUCAGAUGGCGACCACAGUGUGUGUAUUGGUCCCCGUUCACUGAGGAUCUAUUGGUCGGGAUGUGUAAAGAGGAACCGUUGAUAGGCAAAGUAACCCGUUACAACCAGUUCAGAGAACUGACUCAAACAAUACCACACGACAACACAGGACAGGGACUGUAUAAUGAUCCUAUCUAUGUAACAGAAAACAACAACGGCGAUGUUGUGGUGUCUGACAGUAAUAAUGCUGUAGUGGUGACAGAGCGUGGGGGAAGACAUCGUUUCUCCUAUACAGGACAUCCAUCAAAUUCAGGAAUAUGGCCCUGUGGAAUCUGUACUGACACGCUGUCACACAUUCUGGUGUGUGAUGAUUUAAGCAACACCAUUCAAAUGAUAGACAAGGACGGUCAGUUCCUCUCACACAUAGUGACAGAUUCGAAAAAGAUGGAUGCACCACUCAGCCUGAGUUAUGAUGCUUACACUCACCGUCUCUGGGUUGGAUCUUGGGACAGCAAGCUGUGUGUCUAUAAGUAUAUGACCAGACAGGGUGCUCUGACAGAUGUUGUAGACAGAACCUCCUAAUAGGGAUACCUUGUCCAUCUCAAAUGAAGUCUGUGAAUGGAUCUAACUUGCAAAUUGACAUGUUGUAAAUGUUUGUGUUUAAAUUUAGCCUGUUUUUAAUAUCACACAUGUUGUUUGUAACUUUCCUGAACAUCUGUAGCUAAAAAUGAUCUGUGCAUAAUACAUGUAAUUCAUAUGGACUGCAAAACUUACUCCUAUUUACUUUACACUUUCUAACCAUCCAAACUUGCUAUAUGUUGCUCUGUGUAAACAAAAAUGCUAUUUACGCUGCUAAAUGCAUACAUUUAUAUAGAAUCCAUAUUUCUUAAUAACUGAAAACUGUGAAUGAUAUUUAUAUAUUUG